AUGAGCGACCUGCGUGAGGAUCUCUAUGCAUUUCGCAAGCAGAUGCGCGAGGUCUUCAUCCGCGUGGAAGACAUGGUAGACGUGCACCGCUCGUUUUUUAAGUCCGACCCGAGCACUGGAAGCCCGGUCUUCAAGGCGGACUUGCAGCAAGAAGCGGAAAAACUGGCAACCCAAGCGUUCGAGCAGCUUAGUGACCUACGCAAGCAAUUCACUCGACUCGUCAGCGAUUUUCAACGAUCGGAACAACCACGUGAUGAAUGUUCUGACCGUGAUCAUGAGCGGAAACAACUUCGAGCAACAACUACCAGAGCACCACCUCGAUCACGAAGAGAACAGCAGGCCGUAUCCAGACGUGCUGUUUCCAGUCACGGUUCAGACGACGAAGGGAUCAGCGUGAAGGGCUCAGCUGUAUCUGACGAUGAUGGCAGCGAUCGCGACAGCAGCGAUGAGAGGCCCAGAGAGCACUCGUCUAGUAUCUCACGGACCCGGGCGUCGUCUCAAGCUGACAGCGAUGACGAUGCGCCGCCAGCCACCAUGCCGGACUCGGUUCGCUCCACGACGUCCACCUUCCUCUCGUCGCAGUUGCAGUCUCGGUGGGGAAACCCAGGCGGGUCCAUCGCCAAUGGGAGCGAUAUCAGCUCGCGCUCACGUGGUCGGUCUCCGAGUAUUGUCAGCGAUGUGAGCUCCUUGCCGGACCAGUGCAGCAGAACCACCAGCGAGCACCAGACCGACAGCAUCUUCCAAGAUUUCGACAAGCGCAUGGAGGAGAUCCGCUGCUCGCUCAACGCGAUUGCGAGCGGCAAGAAGCCGCAUCGUAGCAGCGACAGAGUUGCGGCGGUCUCACCGAAAAAUUUCAAGCAUGGGGACUCGGUGUCUAUGAUGGACGCGGCGCGCACGCGGUCAACUCUGCGCGAGGCGUCGCGGAUAUCCACCGCUGUGGGCCUCGACGUCGAGGGCAGCAACGGCAUCGAAGCCAAGCCGCCCCGGGGCGCGCGCGAGGCCGAGCUGCGCCAACUGCUGAAGCAACUUAAUCAACUCAACGGCGACAACGAAGCGGACGGUUGA